GAUCAAUUUUAUUCCGUCGAAAAUAGCCGAAGUAGUCUAUUCCCGCACCGCAAUCACGCUCCGCAAUAUAAGCACAAAGUAGGCGCGACACAAUUCAAAAUCUCAAUAGUGUCAGUGGUGAAGAAGUGCUAAAAAAAUGGGAAAAACACCAGCUGUGGGGAUCGACUUGGGCACCACGUACUCGUGCGUCGGCGUCUGGCAGCAGGGCAAAGUGGAGAUCAUCGCCAACGACCAGGGCAACCGCACCACCCCGAGCUAUGUGGCCUUCACCGACACCGAGCGUCUCAUCGGCGACGCCGCUAAAAACCAGGUCGCGAUGAAUCCCAACAACACCGUUUUCGACGCCAAGAGACUAAUCGGGAGAAAGUUCGACGAUUCGAAGAUCCAGCAGGACAUGAAGCACUGGCCCUUCAAGGUAGUGAACGACAGCGGCAAACCUAAGAUACAAGUGGAGUUCAAGGGAGAGAAUAAGAGGUUUGCCCCAGAAGAGAUCAGCAGCAUGGUUUUGAGGAAAAUGAAAGAGACGGCCGAUGCGUACUUGGGGCGGGAAGUGAAGGACGCGGUCAUUACUGUUCCGGCGUACUUCAAUGACUCGCAGCGGCAGGCGACCAAGGACGCUGGGAUGAUCGCAGGAAUCAAUGUCUUAAGAAUAAUUAACGAACCAACAGCUGCCGCCCUGGCCUACGGUUUAGACAAGAACCUGCGAGGUGAGCGCAACGUCCUUAUUUUCGAUUUGGGUGGAGGAACUUUCGACGUUUCGGUUUUGACAAUAGAUGAAGGUUCACUUUUUGAAGUCAAAGCAACAGCUGGCGAUACACACUUGGGAGGCGAAGAUUUUGACAAUCGUCUCGUGAAUCACUUCGCAGAAGAAUUCAAAAGAAAAUAUAAAAAAGAUAUAACUAAAAAUCCACGGGCUUUGCGCCGUCUUAGAACCGCAGCAGAAAGAGCUAAGCGCACUCUAAGCUCCAGUACAGAAGCAACCCUCGAAAUUGAUGCACUUUUUGAAGGAAUAGAUUUUUACACGAAGAUCUCUAGAGCUAGGUUUGAGGAGUUAAACUCAGACUUGUUUAGAGGUACUUUGGAACCGGUCGAAAAGGCGUUGAAGGAUGCCAAAAUGGACAAAAGUUCCAUCCAUGAUGUAGUGUUGGUUGGUGGAUCGACGCGAAUUCCCAAAAUCCAGAAUUUGCUCCAGAAUUAUUUUUCUGGAAAAGCUUUAAAUCUGAGUAUUAAUCCAGAUGAGGCGGUAGCAUAUGGAGCUGCCGUUCAGGCUGCAAUUCUAAGUGGGGAUACUAGUUCAAAAAUACAAGAUGUACUUCUAGUCGACGUCACUCCUUUAUCUCUCGGUAUCGAAACAGCAGGUGGUGUUAUGUCGAAGAUCGUGGAGAGAAAUGCAAGAAUACCUUGCAAACAGACGCAGACGUUUACCACAUACUCAGAUAAUCAACCAGCUGUUAGCAUUCAGGUGUUUGAAGGAGAGAGGGCUAUGACAAAGGACAAUAAUUUGCUAGGUACUUUUGAUCUAUCUGGAAUUCCACCAGCACCACGAGGAGUACCGAAAAUCGAUGUCACUUUUGACUUGGACGCAAACGGUAUUUUAAAUGUGUCAGCAAAAGAAGUAAGCACUGGAAAAUCGAAAAAUAUUACUAUAAAGAACGACAAAGGUAGAUUGUCGCAGAGGGAAAUUGAAAAAAUGUUAGCAGAUGCAGAACAAUAUAAAGAGGAAGAUGGUCGCCAGAGGGAAAGAAUCGCUAGCAAGAAUACUUUAGAAAGUUAUGUUUAUAACGUCAAACAAGCAAUUGAAGAGACAGGCAACAAACUAAGUGCGGAUGACAAGAAAAAAGCUUUGAAGGAAUGCAACGCUUGUAUUAAAUGGUUAGAUAGCAAUCAAAUGGCUGACAAAGAAGAAUUUGAUCAUAAAAUGAAGAAUUUGAGCAAAGUCUGCGGGCCAAUAAUGACUAAAUUACAUAGAGGAGGAGGUGGUGGCGCUGCUAACGAUGGCCCUACCAUAGAAGAAGUAGACUAAGUUUAAGAGCAUUCCAACAUUUCCAACCCAUCAUAGCUGCAAUUUCUGGCUUAAUAUAGUUGCAAAUUAAUGUGAUAAUUGUGGUUGCAAAUAAAGCGCUGAUACAAAACAAA